AUGCUGUCCUUUGUUUCUAGCUCUGAUUAUCUGAGACCCGCUGAAAUGACUGAAGUGAUGAUGAACACCCCAGCUAUGGAUGAGAUCGGGCUAAGCCCCCGCAAGGAUGGGCUGUCGUAUCAAAUCUUCCCUGAUCCCUCAGACUUUGACCGUUACUGUAAGCUGAAGGACCGUCUGCCCUCAAUCGUGGUGGAGCCAACAGAGGGUGAUGUGGAGAGCGGUGAGCUGAGAUGGCCACCAGAAGAGUUCCUCGUGCAGGAGGAGGAAGAGGAGGAAGAAAACUGUGAAGAUGCAAAGAAGGACAACAAGGAGCAAUAAAUGGCAUCUGAGGAAAGGCAAGGGACUGCACCCUUCUGAAGGAAGAGCCACACUUCUUUUGAAAGUCUUUUUAAAAAGACAAGUUCAAUUUUGCACCUGCGAGAUCUUAGUUUUUUUGUAUUCUCUGUAUCGAGAACUGAAGCCCUCGGUAUCACCAGACCUCCUGAGGAAGGAAGGAAGUAACGAAGAGAAAUGUUUUCUGUUCUCGAGAUCAUUAUCUGUAUUUUUCCGAGGCGGAGGCAGCAGUGAAAUUCCAAGCACAUGGCAGAGGGUGACCAUGCGAGGACUGCUGGAGGGGGGAGCUCGGGGAGGGG